AUGCCUUACGGCCCGGAAGCGACACGCGGCAGCUUGACUGCAUCGAUGAUGAUGGUGCUCAUCUCCAAGGCUCAUCGUGAAUGGGCAGCAUGCGCCUCGCGGGCGCAGACGAACGCUCCAUCGGGGCCCUGGACCGCAACACUCUCCACCCAUGGGGAUCACCAGAAGAUACUGGCUCACUUGUUCGCCCGUGCAGACGCGCCAAGAUCGAUUCCUGGUGCCGGCAGUGACAGCCCUAGCCUGGAAGGAGGCAAUGGACCGGGCGGGCUCGUCCAGGCGAGAGGAGGAUCAUUGGAGACGAAUAGGGGAUUACUGAAUCGUAUCCUGCAGGAGGGGGCCAGGGACUUUAGUUACGAGAUGCCGCCCAUGACGCCCGUUCAAUCCCUCACACAUUGUUUCCCCAAAUCCCCAGCUCCGAUCGAGAGCGAAAGAAGGGUGACAUCGUCCAGGCGCCGUGCUGUCGUGAUGGCCAAGUCUUAUGAAAGGGGGCUGUGUUCCCCGUGA